AUGGAAACGGGGCCGGGACGGCCCUCGGAGCCCAAAGAUGAGCGCCUGGGGUACCAAAGCCUCCAGCCCGGUUCGCCACCGGGAUCCAGGGAGCCCAACCCGUCGCCUCUGCUCGCGGACGGGCACUACCCACCGGCUCCCGCCAAGCCGGAGCCCCCCCCAGCCUGUCUCUGCCCCACCCCCGGCUGCGAUGGGUGCCCGGGGGUGGGCUGCAGGGUGCCCAACCCCUUCGAGCCUGCCCUGGGCAUGCCCGGGGGGCGUUUCCCGUGCUCCCCCAGCAACCACACCAAGCUGAAGAAGACUUGGCUGACGCGGCACUCGGAGCAGUCGCUGCCUCGCCUCAAGGCUGCCCGGCGGGACGGGGGUCCCGAGCCCCCCGGGGAGGGCAAACGCUCGACCAAACGCCCCCAUGGCGCCGCCGAGGGACCCCGAGCUGCCAGCGAGGGCGCCGGGGCGGCCAAGAGGGGCACGAAGGCCACUGUGUGCCCUGGGGAGGGCACAGAGAGCCGAGGGGACCCCGAGGAGAGGAGGAUGGAGCUGGGAGAGGGAGAGCCACCGAGCCGGCGGGAGCCGUGGUGCCUGCAGAGCCUGCCCUGCACUGCGCUGCCCCCGGGCAUCCCCCGCUGCUGUGCCUGUGCCCCCCGGGCCACGGGGGACCCCCAGGGUGAGGAGGAGGAGGAGCCCCCUGAGAGCACCUGCAGGCUGCUGCACUUCCGCAGGUUCGCCCUGGGGGACAACGGGGAGCUGAGCGUCGACGGCCUCUGCACCCUGGGGGAGGCCGAGGGGGAGCUGCCAGAGGAACCCGGCCCCGAGCCGGGGGGCAGGAGUGUGGGGAGCAGCCUCUGCCUGGCCAAGUACCUCCUGGGGGUCCUGGGGGACCCCUUCUGCGACGCCGUCCGCAGGGACAGGGACACGUGGCCGGGAGCCCCCGGCGAGCCCGAGGGGGUGACGGCCUGGAGGCGGGGGGAAGGAGCCUCCCAGCUCUGCGACGCCUGCCAGCGCGGCUUCUUCAACUCCCACUGGAGCUGCGCCAGAUGUGGCUUCCAGCUGUGCCCCGCCUGCCACCGCGGCAGGAGGGAGGCCGACGGCCCCGAGGGUCCAGCACAGCAGCCCGAGUGCACCCCCGGGCCAGAGCACCCCGUCACGGCCCUGGUCCCCACGCAGUUCGUCCCCACCUGUGUCCUGACCAGGCUCUGGAAGCUUCUGCACGAGGUCAGGGCCAAGUUUGGCAUCGAGUCCCACUGUUCCUGCGGGGAAGGGGCUGCGGAGCAGAGCCCGGCCGAGCCCCCGGGCAGGCAGGAGCCGCCGGGGGCCGCGGUGCCCACCCUGCCACCCCCCAGCCACGGCCAAGCCGACACCUCCCGGCCCAUCAAGGAAGAGAGCCCCGAGGGGGGGCCGCCGUCGCCGGGGCAGCCCCCGGCGCGGGGGGCCGUGCAGACCACCACCCUGUGCGACCUGCUGGCCUCCACCGCCGUGAAGCUGUGCCUGGGGCAGGACGGGGUGCGCAUGGCCUUCGCCCCCGUGGUGCCCACCCUGCCCACCGACAACCGCCUGACCAGCAUCCUGGACAGCAUCAUCGCCCGCGUGGUGGAGAGGAAGAUCCAGGAGAGGCAGGCGGGGGGCGAGCUGAGCCCGCCCAGCCCCCCCGAGCCCCCCGCGUCCCACUGCGUCCUGGAGCCCAGCGGGCUGCUCUGGCUGCACGACCCCGGCCACGCCAGCAACUACAAACUCUUCCAGGAGCACUGGCGGCAGGCAUCCCCAGAGCAGGAACAGGGCGCUGGGGACUUGCUGAAGCUGGAGAGUGGCUUUGGGGACAAGGAGCUGAGCCGGACCACCAACCUGCGUGCCAGCCUGCCCCUGCCCGAGUACUGCUGGGCCAGCGGCCGCCUCAAUCUGGCCACCCACCUGCGGGGCCAGCGGGGCCGGCGCUGGCUGCGCCCACGUGUCUGUGCAACCUAUGGUGUGCACCUGCGGGACCGGAACGUCGGGACCAAAAACCUGGCGGUGGAAGCUGCCGAUUCCAUCAACAUCCUGGUUCAUGCUGCGGCGGCACCACGGGAGGUGCUCCUGCCCGGCGACACGGAUGACAUGGAUGCGGCGCUGAGGGAGCGGCUCAAGGACACCGGCGGCCGGCCCGGGGCACUGUGGCACAUCUUCCGUGCCGAGGACGCCGCCCGGAUCCGGGAUUUCCUGAGCAAGGCAUCCGAGGAGCCGGGGCAGGAGGGGGUGGCCACGGGGGAGCCCCCCGGGCGCUCCCUGGACCCCCCCGGGCGUUACCUGGACGCGGCGCUGCGGAGGCGGCUGCGGGAGGAGUGCGGGGUGAGCGGCUGGACCCUCCUCCAGUGCCUGGGGGACGCCGUGCUGGUCCCCGCGGGGGCUCCCCACCAGGUGCAGAGCCUGACGGGCACCAUCAGCGUGGAGCAGCGGUUCCUGUCCCCGGAGAGCUCCGCCCGCCUCCGGCUCCUCAGCCCUGAUCCCGCUGGGACCACACGCCAGCUCCACGCCCAGCUGGACGGGAUGAUCUUUGCCGCCGUGCGGGAGGCGCUGGGGGUCCUGCGGGGCUGCAAGUGAGCCCGUGGAAUGCUGGAAGGACGCUCUGACAAGUCUGGGAUGGGGGCUGGAUGUGGGCCCGGACCCCCAGGGAGC